AUGUCAGAACAAUCAAGUUUCAGUGAUGACCUUGCGUGUAUUCUGUACGACUGCAGCGUCCCAGUCAUUUUACAGGAUCAAGCUCUUAAGGAGAAGGCUCGCUGGCGUACGAAAACACGUUCUGAGGGUCUUCAUGCAAGGGAGAAGAGGAUUGAGAAGCCGGAAGCAAAGGGAGCAGCUUCCGUUAACGGAAUGCAAAAUGAUCUCACGGUAAGCUCUGUUGCUCCCUCCGCAAUGGUAGAUAAGAUAGCAGAUAAACUUGUCAGGAGUCUUGGGUUAGAAAGACAAGCUGCGGGAACAGGAGCUGAAGCUAAAGCUACCCGCGUUAACAAUCAAGGUUGUGAUACUAGGCGAGAUGUGAAGAGAACAGCUAGAGAGCAGAAACAGCCGCUAGUAGGUCAGAGAUUCACUAGGGCGCAUCAAAACGGGUCCCCGAAACUGAGGAGGAGGCCCUACGGUAAUAUGAUUACCUCUUUGCGGAGUAAACGGAAACCUAAUGAAGAAUUGAACGGACCUGGACUUGGGGUUGAACAACCCCGCCUCACAAAUUCCCACGGAGCGAGAAGAGUGCGGAAACGAUACUAUUGUCAACUUUUGAGGGAAAAAUUAGUCUAUGGUGUCAUUGGUUGUGAGGCCAUCGCAUACUACAACCGUGAGGCAGUGGAAGUGGAAAAAGUAAUACCGACACCUGUCAAAGAGCAUCAGAGUCUGCAAGUGUUCACCGAAGAAGGUAAAGUUCAUGAAUUGUAA